AUGGUAUUAGGUAGACUAUCUGCCGCUACCCUGAGUUUCUUUCCUGCUCUUCUCUCUAUUUUACCGUUCUUCCUUUCACACUUUUUGAAGCACGCUCGCCAGUAUUGGCCAACUUCAUCUUUGAACGUCUUAGAGACUCGUUACUCUGAGGCCAGAAAGCAGGUCUUUGUUGCAGUACCGACGACACUUGUCUUCCUUGAGCUUGUAGGGGCCCUUGUACUUGUACUUACAUCUCCCGAGCAUGGAGUAGCUACGGUUUGGCUUGUAGCAACUCUAGGGGCUAGAUCCAUUUCAAGGAGACUAAAUCGGCGGACUAUACAAAAUGUGGAUGUUCCCAAGGCUUGCAAUGUUAUUAUCGAUCCUGCAGCUCCGAUGGCGCUCAGACUCCAGAGCAACCUUUUGUACGGAAUCUCGAGGGUGUAUAGCCAACAGUGCGGAUAUACCCUGCUCGACGUUCAAGCGAUGCACGAUAAGAUGAGGCAAACGUUAAGGUCGGUCCCUGCUGGAGGAUUGGAUCCGUCCGCCGGAAAGGCCAGACCUGAGCAGCUCGUCCUACCCUAUGAUCCCUCCUUUCUCCCAGAGAACAACCUCCCCGGUCUCGGCCUAGAUCUGUCGAAACUAAAUAGGUUGCUUGAGACGGAAUCGAGCCAGCAAUCCAACGUCUCCAUACCUCGAACUCCGGACCUCAGUCAAUCUGCUCUCUCGAACAGCUCAGUACUGGGUCUGAAUAUUCCGUCUGAUGAGAACAUUCUGAGAGAUAUGGGUGGAUUCAGCUCUGAGGCUGACGUUGCGAGCUCUGCUAAAGGCGGUCUUGACUUUGGAAGGGUGCUGACUUCGUCCUUACAUGACGAGGGUGGUGUGCUGCUCCAGCCUGACUUUGAGUUUGAUGAAAAUGGCAAUAUUGUUGAGCUCGGUGGGAGGACUCAGAAUGAAGUCAGGACUAGACCGCCUUUGCUUGCCGAUGAAGACAUAGAGAUGGCUAUAACGAACGAGCCUGCCCGACCUGUUCGCCCAGCCGUAUUCUGUGACGGAGACGAAGCUCCACGCGAGCCAGUAGAAAUAGAGACUCAUGGGGCAACAGCACCACAGAGACAGAGGGGUCCUAAGUUCCUCGCUUCAGAUCUACAGACGGCAUUGCGCAAUGCUGAGCUAGCCGCCAUGAACGAAGACUACAUGCACAAUGUGGCACUGGCUGCCAGACAAAAACGUCAGAAUAGGGUAUCAACUCAGGCCAAGAGGAACGCAGCUUACUGGGUUUUCAGGCUGGGGAUCGGCUCCGUAGGAGCUGGUGUUGGGUCGUCUCGAGUCAUUCAUCCAUUGCAUUUCUUCUCCGGAGACGAGUUAUAUGAGACGCUAGUUUCUCACAAACGGCCGCUAGAAGAUGAGCCGGAGGCUGAGGGGCGCCGGGUACGCGCGAGAGAAGAUGAUGAACAGGGCAGAAUGGAUAUUGUGGAUGACACUAAUCUUUGGAACGAGGACGUUGAGCUUGGACGUCACCAAUCACCACCUCUUUACGAUGACAAUUCCUCCCAAAUGCCCUGGAACAUAACCGCCUCUGUGCAGAGCUCUCGUCACGGGGCAUCCGUAGCAAACAUUUUUGGAGGCCUUGGAAGUGUGAGCGACCUUUCAUCCCGUGGUCUCCCUGAGUCAGUUGCCUCCUUCGGCCGAGCUCCCAGCGUAGGUCCCUCAGGUAUAGGACGGUCGCGCAACCGAUUGACUAGCGCAAGCCCUCUUGCAGGGCGAGGGUUCCCUUACGAUUUAGACAAUUUGUCUAUUCCUGGUCACUACGAUGACGACCUUGACAAACUGGAAGGUUUCGACUUGGGAAAUUACCUCGACGAAAAUGUUAUGGGGGAUGACAACUCCAACGCGGACGUAGCAGGUCCAUCACAUAGAAGCCAGGAGCUUCAGAACAGUCUCACCGAGUCAGUCAUGGACCAGGAGGGUCUCAACUUCCUCGGUUUCAUGGCUGCGAAGAUCCAGUCGCUGAAACCAGCAGAAGGCGCUUCCGCCACCGAAAUCACAUUCUCUACAUUAUUGCCGUAUCAGGACACGUCUGCCACUGUCGCUACGCAGGGUCUCAUGCAUAUCCUUGCUCUAGCCACCAAGGGCUUCCUUAAAGUGCGCCAGGAUGAAUACCAAGACCAAAGCAACGCAGACGACGGGGUCCGAUACGAGUUUGGGGAGAUCUUCGUAAGUCUAGCUGAGGUGUAG